CUUUGGCGGAGGGGCGGGGCUUGUGCCGGCGUCUCCUCUUCCAACUGCAGUUUGUGGCAGCGCCAUUUUGAAUGUGCGGCUGCCGCGGGUGUGAGUCGGCGGAGGACGAGUUGCCGACUCGUCUACAUAGCGGUCUCUUGAUUGUCGAUAUUUUGUUGCCAUAGGUUUAUCUAGAGACGUAUACAUAUAUAUAGACACGCUAUAUAGAAGUCUAGGCCUGUAUCCGGCGUCCGAGGCGAACUCCCUAAGAUGAUGUUAAGAGGAAACCUGAAGCAAGUGCGCAUUGAGAAAAACCCGGCCCGCCUUCGCGCCCUGGAGUCCGCGGCGGGCGAGAGCGAGCCGGCGGCCGCGGCAGCCAUGGCGCUCGCGCUUGCGGGGGAGCCGGCACCGCCCGCGGCCGCGCCGCCGGAGGACCACACGGACGAGGAGAUGGGGUUCACUAUCGACAUCAAGAGUUUCCUCAAGCCGGGCGAGAAGACGUACACGCAGCGCUGCCGCCUCUUCGUGGGGAACCUGCCCACCGACAUCACGGAGGAGGACUUCAAGAGGCUCUUCGAACGCUAUGGCGAGCCCAGCGAAGUCUUCAUCAACCGGGACCGUGGCUUCGGCUUCAUCCGCCUGGAAUCCAGAACACUGGCUGAAAUUGCAAAAGCAGAGCUGGAUGGCACUAUUUUGAAGAGCAGACCUCUACGAAUUCGCUUUGCUACGCAUGGAGCUGCCUUAACUGUCAAGAACCUUUCUCCAGUUGUUUCCAAUGAGCUACUAGAGCAAGCAUUUUCUCAGUUUGGUCCUGUAGAGAAAGCUGUUGUGGUUGUGGAUGAUCGCGGUAGAGCUACGGGAAAAGGUUUUGUAGAAUUUGCAGCAAAACCUCCUGCACGAAAGGCUCUGGAAAGAUGUGGUGAUGGGGCAUUCUUGCUAACAACGACCCCUCGUCCAGUCAUUGUGGAACCCAUGGAGCAGUUUGAUGAUGAAGAUGGCUUGCCAGAGAAGCUGAUGCAGAAAACUCAACAAUAUCAUAAGGAAAGAGAACAACCGCCACGUUUUGCUCAGCCUGGGACAUUUGAAUUUGAGUAUGCAUCUCGAUGGAAGGCUCUUGAUGAAAUGGAAAAGCAGCAGCGUGAGCAGGUUGAUAGAAACAUCAGAGAAGCCAAAGAGAAACUGGAGGCAGAAAUGGAAGCAGCUAGGCAUGAACACCAAUUAAUGCUAAUGCGGCAAGAUCUAAUGAGGCGUCAAGAAGAACUCAGACGCUUGGAAGAACUCAGAAACCAAGAGUUGCAAAAACGGAAGCAAAUACAACUAAGACAUGAGGAGGAGCAUCGGCGGCGUGAGGAAGAAAUGAUCCGACACAGAGAACAGGAGGAACUGAGGCGACAGCAAGAGGGCUUUAAGCCAAACUACAUGGAAAAUAGAGAACAGGAAAUGAGAAUGGGUGAUAUGGGUCCCCGUGGAGCAAUAAACAUGGGAGAUGCGUUUAGCCCAGCACCUGCUGGUAACCAAGGUCCUCCUCCAAUGAUGGGUAUGAAUAUGAACAACAGAGCAACUAUACCUGGCCCACCAAUGGGUCCUGGUCCUGCCAUGGGACCAGAAGGAGCCGCAAAUAUGGGAACUCCAAUGAUGCCAGAUAAUGGAUCAGUGGGUGAUAAAAGAAAACGUGGCUGAAGUUACAUGAAGUGCAGCUAGCAGUGUAAUUCAGGAGUUAAGACCAGAAGUACUGGAAUCCUGCCUCCUUUCAGGUCAGUCCGUAUCUGCUCAUUGUUUCCUAACAGAGCCUCGAGUAUUCAUUUCUUCCUGUUUUUUUCUAGUCAGUUCUUCCUGAUUCUGUGGACUGUAAUGAACAUAAGUAAUGGUCCCAGUGUUUUGAGUCAGUAGAAUAUUUAUGAACAGUUAAUAGCUGAAGCUGAAUCCUCUACAGCGUGGCCUGUCUUGGUAGGAAACCCUGGCAUCACAGCUGGUUUCUCAGCAAGUCGAGAGGGGACCUGAAGCUUUGCCUUGCCCUCCUCUUUCCUUACUGGUGUAAUGCGUAUAUUGAUUUGUCUUCAGGUAAAACUGGACUAAGAGGGGAAAUGACAUAUCACAGAUGUCUUGGAGUGAGGAGAGAGAAAAAAAAGGUCUUUGUAAAAAAAUUUCCUAUUGAUUUUUAAUGACCUCCAAAUUUAGAAUUUUAAACUUGUGUUCCUUUGGAAAGUAUGUAAUCUUAAAAAUGGCAUCAGAAAAUCAGAUGCAUUCCUCCUCCUCUGCUUUCUACUUUUUCGGAGAAGGGUCACAAUUUUUCUGUUCUUUUGUUACGUCAUACAUAAAAUAUUAUUGAAACAUUAAUGCAGUCUUUAUAACAAAAUUCCCAUGGGUACAUUGUCAUUCUAAUAGAUCCAGAAAGUAUUAAGUGUAUUUCUUUUCUAGCUUUUGUCUGGUGAUACUAAACAUUAUUCUGUCUUAUUCUUGCUGCUGCUACAAGUGGUUCUGGGGACAGGAGUGACUGUUGCCCGAGAGCUUCUUGGAGAUGAAGGAUCUCCCACACAGGACACAGAGUCCUGCAAGUCGAAAAGUCCGUUUUAACUGUGAAGAUGAGGUCAUGUGUACUAAUGAAGACGUUUCUUUUCUAGGAUUUGCGCGCACUUGGUUUGAGAUGAUGUAUUCCAUAGUUUUGAGAAAUUUUACCUUUUCAAAGUAUCUGACACCUCAUGCAGCACAAAAAUGUGACAGCUGUUUUGCAUACUAUGCCCAGCUCUAGAAAGUUAAUCUCAGGCUUUGGUUCUCAAGCCUGGGCCCUAGACCAGCAGCAUCGUCAUCUGGGAGCCUCAGAAUGUACAUUCUCAAUCACACCCUCAGCCUAUGCAACAGAAAUUUUGAGGAUGGAAACUAGAGAAUAAUUUUAUAUCGUCUAUGGAGAUUUUAUUGAAAUUAAACUUUCAAGUUGCUGUAUAUGUAGGUCUCUGAAAAUCCAAAGAACCAAUCUCAUAUAUGGGUAAGGAAAUACAUGGGAAAGGAAAAAUGUGUACAUAAGCUAUCUGUGGCAUAGAUCAAGCCUGUGGCAUUCUGUGGCCUUGAGAGAGAAGGGGAGAGAGAUUUUAAGCUUAUCAAGUAGAUUUGUCAUUGGAACUUUAGGAUUUUUAAAUUUUGGUUAAAAAAUGUGAAUACUGUUACUUCAGUUAAAGAACUUUUAUAGAUUUUACUUUCUAACAAAGUGAGUGAAAAGAAACCGGUUCACUCCAGAAACAUGUAAAGAAAGUAAAAUUAUUAAAAUGCCAAAUAUUUAAUUCUUGUGACAGUGAAUCUACUUUUAUUAUAAAGAGUUAAGAAAUUGCCAUUUCCAUGACAGUUUCCUCCUUCAACAAUCUUAAUAUUGAACCUUGAAUUUAUUUAGGUCUGCCGGUCAGUGAUUCUAGUCUAGCAAAUUACUUUAGGACUGAAAGCUCUUGUUUCUUUAGAAAAAUAUACUAUGGAGAUUAGAUCCUGUUUACUAGUGAAGACUCUGUCUCUUUUCCAGGUCAAAACAUUUUGUGGGAAAUAUCCUGUUCGUGACCUGGAAGAAACAAGACAGAAAACAAAUCUUACCUCACUUACGAAUUUCUUACUCCAUACAAGCAGUUCAUGGAUGUCUGGGCAAUCAUAGCACUUUCCAUUUAAAAACAUGCUACAGGGGCACAUUUUCUGUGGUUAAAAAUGAUCUCUGGAAUAAUUGUAAACUGCAGUUUUCCUUUUUAUCGAGGGUUUUGGCUUUUUAUUUGUAAAUUAAAUCAAGAUGUUACCAACUCCUUGGUGUGGUGGUCUUGCCGGCUCACGCUGGGGCUCACGCUGGAAGGUAGUAUGGCAGCAAUGCUCAAAUUCAAAAUAGCCAGCAAAUCCCUCCUUUCAGUGCUCUGACUGGGAACCAUUAGAGGGUUUUUAAAAACCAUCCCUCAUAGCCCACAAUUUUGGGUUAACUCUCAAAGUUGGGAAUAAGCAAACUGGCAUUGUUGGGAGAAAAAUCGUUUUUACUGAAGCAUGAACUGGCUCAGGCAAGCAAAUAGCGGGAGUUGGCACGGGAAGGCAAGCGUGCUGUGGGGAUGCGUGGAGGCGUCACCUUCAAAACUAAAGUGGUGCCAGGAGGACCGAUGCGUCCUUGAUCUUGUUCCCAUUUGACUGAAUUGUGAACCACUUCACUGUCUUCACAGUCUUGCCACUUACCUAAUGAGGCUUUUCUGAACCUAGAAGGAGACGUCUAGAAAUCCCAGCUUUGCUGUGUAAGGACCAUUAGCUGCAAGUCGGUGGAAGUCUAUAGAAAGCAGUGUGAAUUCCAUAGUGGUCUUGACUUAGCAAGGAUUUGGGACAAGUCUGAAACUUCAGACUUAAAGCUUUGACACGUUAACUGCAUAAAAUAUUGAACACUUUGAACUUCUUUAGCCUGUCAGUUCGCGACCCAGGUUUUUCAGUCUGUUGUAUGUUUCCUGCUUUUCCUUGUUUUGCUGAUCGUCCUCCUUGAGCUUCUCCACUGUUUUUAUUCUGGGCAUCCAAUCCAGCCUUUCACGGUGUGUGCUUCCUCAGGCCCCUGGUUCACAUGCCGAGUGCCCUGUACGCCUCGCCGCACCAGUGUGUGCUCACCAACAGUCUGCUUCGUUUGGGAGGGUGCUUCACUUCCAAAGCUACCCAGUACGACACGUACCGUGCAGCACAAAGCGGAACUUAGGAAGUAGCACCUGAGCUUCAAAUAGACUUUCCUGAUCAUUCUACUGAGUAAGAGUCUCCACAUUUAAGAAUCAAGAUAGGAUUGACUUGUGAGGAUAGUGUAUUUUUGGACUGAAACCAAACUCCUCAUGUCUAAUUGUAGUUAUUCAAUGUUACCAGAAUCCCUAUUUUUGGCAGAACAAAAGAAUGUGUAGUGUACUUUCUACUACAGCCAUUACAGCAAACUAGAUCUGAGUGCUGUUGCUAGUAAAUAGCCAGAUUAUGUUGUCCUUACCCAAGUAGACAGUGGAAAGGAACAAUGGCAGAGGACAUGAUGCGAGUCUAGCCACAGCCAUGCAUCCCAUGUAUGAUGAUCUCAGUCCUGAGAUCACCUGUCCUAGGCCAUGAACUGAAUCAUGUCCUAGUGCUAUAUCCGACUUCAUAGCUUUCCAGGGGAAAAGACUAGGAGAUCUGUGACAUGACUAGGUCACAUAAGCUGUGCUGCACACACUUUACACUACACGAAGUUGCCCUGGGCCUUGACCUAUAGUUCUAAACGUCUAUAAACCUUUUGGUAAGGUGCUGCCUGAGAACUGCUUUGUUUUUCAGAGGGAUCAUUGCUCAGGCUUUUUUCCCCAGUAACUUGAACUAUUUGGCGAUUCCUGUUUGGUUUGUAUCUUACACAGCCCUGCCUUCCUGAUGAACAGUCGGUCACCUUCUCACGUGUUCCUGACACUGUUUGUUCACAUCUGUAGCUGGACUCCUGCUGUCUCCUUUACUGCUCCUGACCUGCACUGCGAACUCAGAUCUCCCUGUUCCCCCGGAAAGCUAUGAAAUCAGAUAUACUGCAUGAUUCAAUUUAGUUGAAAAAGUCCAAUCUCGGCCCUCACUUAGCUAGAAAACCACAAAUAUCUACUGUCUUUUAAAGUUUUGAGACUUGAGACAUAAAAGGAAACAGACCAACAUCAUAGAGUUUUAUUGACAAAACCACAGGAAAAUGCAGUUUUAGGAUGUAAAGUAAAAAUGGUUCUCUGAAAUAUCUACACAAACGUGAAUGCUGAAAAGUUUUCAUUAAAAUCGUAUUUCAUACAAUUAUAAACUAAUGAGGAACAAAACAAUUGUCACCUUCUCCAUAACCCAGCCUGAGCUCGACUGACGCUUGCCUUGAGCAGCAGGAACUCUUCCCAGACAAGGCGGCGGCUCCCACACAGCAGCCAGGCUUCGCUGUUACCUAAGCUCCAUCUUCCCAGUUGGUGUUGAAAACUAGGGCACAAGAUCUGGCUUUUCAAAAAAAGCGUAGAGACUCCAAGAAACUUUUUUUUUUUUUUUUAAUUUGA